AGUACAAGUUUUUUGGUUUCCCUCUCGACUCACAUGCGCCGUCCGUUCGCGAUCCGACGGCCAGGAAUCUGCGUCCACUUGGGGUUAUUGGGCAUCUACGCGACACCCACUCACUUCUCUCUCCCUUUCUCUCUCUUCCCGCUUUCCUUCUCCUUCUCCGCCACACUGCAAAACUUCUCCGGUGCCCUAACACCGCAACCGCCGGGACGACGUCGUCUCGCUGGUUGAAAGCCGAAAGCUUCGAGCUCCAGUCUCCAAUACACAAUUCUGCUCUCCUCCAAUCCAUGGCCGAUUCCAGGGUUUGCUUUGGGUAUGGAUGAUCUCCUCUAGGAGGUGCAGCAGAGUCCUACACUCCUACAUAGUGUCUAUUUCUAUGUAAUGUUUUCCUAAGGUGGUUAUCUUAUCCCAAUAUGGACGUUGAAGUGAUUGAUGUGGAAGAAGGAAACAUGGGCCAGCAUGGUGGUGUAACAGAUGACGGAGAUGAUGAACUCAGUGAGAGCUCCACUCAGGAUGUGAAUAGGGCAGUCGAACCACAUCUGGGAAUGGAAUUCCAUUCUGAAGAUGCAGCUAAGACUUUCUAUGAUGAGUACGGUAAGCGAAUGGGCUUUAGAACUCGUGUUAGCCAUUUUGGUCGAUUAAAGGCAGAUGUGAGUUCUACUUUCCGGGAUUUCUUAUGUGCCAGGGAUGGUUUGAAAAAAAGAACCGGGGAAACCUGUGGUGCUAUGCUUAGAAUAGAGCUAAAGGGUAAAAACAAAUGGGUUGUGACAAAAUUUCUGAGGGAUCACAGCCAUUCCAUUGAGAGUCCCAAUAAUGUGCAUUACCUGAGAGCACACAGGCAUACGGCUAUGACAACAAAGGUUGCCACUGAAAACAGCCUGGCAGCAGGUCUCGUUCCUAGUGGUGUAAUGUAUGUUUCAGUGGAUGGGAGUCAUGCUCCCAUAGAGAUGAAUCAUGGAGUGAAGAAUUGUCGCACUGCAGAUUCAGAUAGAUUAACUAAAAACAGUACAACUCUAAUGUAUGCUCCCAAACAGUACAAUCAGAGAAGAACACUGGGGAGAGAUGCUCAUGGCCUUCUUGAUUAUUUCAAGAAAAUGCAGGCUGAGAAUCCUGGAUUUUACUAUGCAAUACAACUUGAUGAGGAUAAUCGCAUGGCUAAUGUAUUUUGGGCUGAUUCAAGGUCCAGAAAUGCAUAUAGUCAUUUUGGUGAUGCUGUCACAUUGGAUACAACAUACCGAGUGAAGCAUUGUAAAGUGCCAUUUGCUCCAUUCACAGGAGUGAACCAUCAUGGUCAAUUGAUUUUGUUUGGCUGUGCUUUACUUCUAGAUGAAUCUGAGGCCACAUUUGUUUGGCUAUUUAAGACAUUUCUUGCUGCCAUGAACAACCAUGCCCCCAUCUCAUUAACUACCGACCAGGACAGAGCCAUACAAUCUGCAGUAGCUCAAGUAUUUCCUGAAACAUGCCAUUGUAUAAACAAAUGGGAUGUAUUAAGACAAGGACAAGAGAGAAUGGCUCCUGUAUGCAUUAUGCACCCUAAUUUCCAGGUCGAACUAUAUAAUUGUAUAAAUAUGACUGAGACUGUUGAGGAAUUUGAAUUAUGCUGGGAUUCAAUCCUUCGAAAAUAUGACCUUCAGAAGAACGAUUGGCUACAUUCAAUAUAUAAUGUACGCCAACGGUGGGCUCCUGUUUAUUUUCGUGCUUCUUUCUUUGCAGCCAUUGCUUCCAAUCAGGGAUCAGAGAGCUCAUUCUUUGACGGCUAUGUGAACCAACAAACCACCUUGCCUAUAUUCAUUCGGCAGUAUGAAGCAGCUUUAGAAAAUUCAUUUGAAAAGGAAAUAGAGUCAGAUUUUGAAACAAUAUGUACCACUCCAGUGCUGAGGACACCAUCGCCGAUGGAGAAACAGGCAGCUAAUUUAUAUACAAGAUGGAUUUUCUCAAAAUUUCAAGUGGAAUUAGUGGAAACAUUUGUCUACACUGCAAAUAUGAUUGAUGGAGAUGGGACUGUUAGCAUGUACAGAGUUGCAAAAUUUGAAGAUGACAGCAAAGCCUACAUUGUCUCAUUGAAUUGCUCUGAAAUGAAAGCAAAAUGUAGUUGCCAGAUGUUUGAAUAUUCUGGUAUCCUUUGUAGGCACAUACUGACAGUUUUUACCGUGACAAACGUACUAACAUUGCCAUCUCAUUACAUCUUGAAGCGGUGGACAAGAAAUGCAAAAAGUGUUGUUGGAUCAGAUGAAUGUGGAGAACGACAUAGUAAUGAAUCAAUGUUAGCUCGAUACAAUAGCCUAUGCAGGGAAGCCAUAAGGUAUGCAGAAGAAGGGGCUUUAGCUCCAGAAACAUACAAUGUGGCUUUGAGUGCUCUUAAAGAAGCAAAGAAGAAGGUUUCUGCUGCAAAGAAAAAUGUUGCUAGAGUCAUACCUCCCAACUCACAGGUCAGUGGUGUUUAUGAUGAUCGGAGGUCAUCCGGUUCUGCUCCGGAUAUGAACCCUAUACUGUGGCCUUGCCAGGAUGAAAUGAUGAAACACUUUAAUCUCAAUGUUUGCGUUCCUACUAAACCUGUCACUGAUCUCAACAUUCCUCGCAUGGCCCCUGUUUCCGUUCACCGUGAUGAUGGUCACACGGAUAACAUGGUGAGCCUUCCUUGUCUUAAGUCAAUGACUUGGGUGAUGGAGAACAAAAGUUCAACACCUGCGAAUAGAGUAGCUGUUAUCAAUCUCAAGUUGCAAGAUUAUAGCAGGUCUACUCCACAAGAAUCAGAGGUUAAGUUUCAACUGUCCAAGAUCACUCUGGAGCCCAUGUUGAAAUCUAUGGCUUAUAUCAGUGAGCAGCUCUCUACUGCCAAUAGGGUUGCUGUUAUCAAUUUGAAGGAUACAGAAACAACUUCAGGAGAAUCAGAGGUGAAAUUUCAGGUGUCUAGAGAUACUUUAGGUGCAAUGUUGAGGUCCAUGGCUUAUAUCCGUGAGCAGCUCUCGAAUACAGUUGAACCCCAAGUCGAGACUCCAAGUAAGAAACAAAGGAAGUAGAGAUUGCAUCUUCUUAUCCACAUUCAGGCUCGUGACAACAACCACAUCUCGAAGUGGAACAGAUGGGUGUUGUCUUCUUGUUAAAUACUUGCUCCAUAUACAGUGAGGUUGAGUAGUGUAAGCUUUCUGUGUAGCUACUGGUAGGUUAGUUCCUCUUUGCUUUUUGUCUCCAUUUAUAUGCUCUCCUCUUCACAUUUUUGUACAUGUAAUUUUUGAAAGCUAGGAAUGGAAGAUCAGGUCUUUUCUUAUGUAUGUGGCUGAUCAUUCUAACACUAAAUUACUUAGUGAAAUGUGUAUCUUUUAGGG